AUGGUGUCUGCGGAUGCUUGCGGGAAUGCGGAGGUGAGAGUGAUGGUGUUGGAUCCCCAGUCUCAUCCAAAGUGGAGACUCACUUGUAACAAAUGUCCAUCAGUAGUAGCCAUGUUUGAGGGAGCGUUGAAGUUCAAAGUUACGGAAUCCAGCUGUGAAGACUGUGAUGCAAGAUUUGUGGCCGUUGAGUACAAGGACAAAAGUCCUUUACCUGAAGGGAAAGCUACGUUCAAAGGAUGUAUGUUUUGCGACACAACUGUCAAGGACCUUGUGAACCUCCACCAUGCAUUCCGAAGCGAGGAAGAUCAUCAACAACAGUCAUUCCAAAGAGGUCGUGGGCGAGGUAGAGGACGUGGGCGAGGGCGGAGCGCUCCUAGAGGCGGACUCAGCAGAGGAAAGAGCAGAUAG